AUGUCCUGCACUCAAGCAGUUGCUCCUUCGACAGUAGCAAUGGGGACACCAGGGUUCAUGGACUUCAGGGUGAUUCCCCUGCCAGCACUGUUCACCUACAGUUGCACAAACACAAGCCAGGGGCCAUCCAUUACGCUCAGGUGCAAUGGAUGCCGGAUCCCUCCGAGAGACCACUACGUGUCCUGGCAAUUUGUCGACAUGCCAGGGCAGCCAGCAAGCGCUGUUGGUUUCCAGUUCAACCUGACCGCAAGGCAACAUGGCAACAACAAGCACAUGAGCUUUGUCAGUGGUACGAUGAACUCUGACGGUUAUGCUGAUGAUGGCAAGUUGAAGACGUUUAGGGGAAGAGAUUCCAAUGUUCUGAAGAUCCAGUUGUUCCCUCAGAUAUACAACAAUCUUGGUAACCUGAGGCUCUUGCAGCCACUGGUUCAGGACUUCACUCAAGGAUCUACGUUUUCUGAUGUCGGCAGCUUGAAUUCGUCCCUGCAGAACCCCAGGGAUGGAGUGGUGAAUACUACUCUUUACAUAAGUUAUCUCUCAGACUACAUUGUGGAGAUCAGCAAUGAGAGUGUAGUAGGCCCAGUUAGUGUACUCGCAAGCAUUGGUGGCCUUUAUGCCUUCAGUGUGGCUAUUUGUCUCUGCCUCAUGGCUCAAUGUGAAGCAAGGAUAAAGAAGCUUCAUGACGAGGAUACCAGAAUGCUGAAAAUUCUGAGCAAACGACGUGCUCAGCGAAAUUGGGAUAAGGUGCGGAAGUUUGUCAUGUAUACCUGGGGUCUAAGCAGCCUGGACCCAUCUGAUAGAACUGGUCAGCAGCCUGAAGGGUCAGUGAUGGAUUCUCUGCAUAAGAGAAGAGAACCAAUUAGACAAGGAAUCUAA